AGGCCCACCAAACACUCCUGACAAAUGGCAUGUUUAUUACAGGCCAACACGAAAGAAGAACGGGCACCACAGUAGACCAUGCAAUGCCAUGCAUUCAGUAUACCGCCCAUGCCGGUAAAAUGGACAUAUAGUGUCCGGAUGCAGAGGGUGCCUGCAAUCAGGAAAGAUGAUGAUGCUCAUAAUGGUGAUGAUGAUGAUGGUGAUGAUGAUGAUGAUGAUGAUGAUGAUGGUGAUGAUGAUGAUGAUGAUGAUGAUGAUGUUGAGGAUGAUGAUAAUGACGAUGAUGCUGAUGAUGAUAAUGAUGAUGGUGAGAUGAUGAUGAUGACGAUGAUGAUGAUGAUGAUAAUAAUGAUGAUGGCAACCGCCGAUGAUGAUGAUGAUGAUGAUGAUGACGGCAAUGAUAAAACCGAAGCUGGUGAUGAAGAUGCCCUCUUACGAGCUGAUGAUAAAGCUGUCGCUGACGAACAUGCUGAUGAAGAAGCCCACUUACUAAUUGAUGUUGUCCCGAUAAGAUGACGCAGAACCUUUCUUAAAACAAACACACUGGAUACGA